GACUUUGACACAUGGAGAUUGAUGGAUAGGAGAUUCAUGUAGAAAAGAAAAUCUAUUUAUCGAUACUUACUUAAUGAAGGGCAGCUUCCAUCAUAAAACGAUGUUUGAGGAAGAAGAGAUAACGUGCGAUAAGAUCUACCCCGGAAGAGGCGGAAAAUGGAAAAACCCAGACUGGCCGUUAAGAAAUAGUGAGCCAUGGAUAAUCCGUCUUCGCGACGAGCUGUACAUGGAACUGGGCAUCCCACUACAGCUGCCUCUACGGGUCCUGUUCAUCUUCUUCCCCAUUUUAAUAGCUUUUGCGUGUUGGCAGGUCAAGGUGACACUGGAAUACCUAGAAAUUUUCCAGCUCUUUGAUCAACUAGAAAUUUCUCUCCAAUCCACUUUGAAGGCACUGCUUGCUUUGGUCACGACCUGCACCCACAUUUUCCUGUUUAUUAUGUUCGUGGACAGGUGUGAGAGACACUACGAUAGAGAAACGACACUGGAAGAAACUCUUGCUAUAAACGAGACUUAUAAGCGGCCUAAAGACAUGAGAAAAAAACGUGAGUUCCUUAAAGAAAAGACAAAUUUAAAGGAUAGUCCAGUUUUAUCCAUUGAGCUUGAUGACGUCAUUUAUCGUUACGCCUGGCAGAAGAUGAUCAAGGAGUCGGAUGACAUCGAACAGUGGAUGAUGGAGGAAACUAAGGGUCGCUACACCUGUGAGGUGGACUGGACGGCGCUGACCAUCGACCACAAGGUCACCAAGUUCUCUCCCAAGGUGAAGGACGGAACUGUGAUCAAACACCACCGUGGUGAUGUGGAAACAGGCAAACAAUGGGUUACGCUCUUCUCAAGUUUCUAUGACAACAAAGCCGAUUGUUCACAAAGUCACACUUUUAAAAGAUCAUGUGAUACCACCACAUGGGUGGACGUGGACCUAGAACAAUGUUACACGGUCAACAAAGAGGCGUGUGCCCUGUUAAACAUCCCUAAUGAGUAUUUAAGAGUGGGCAUAGACAAUACUCUCAACCUAAACAAGGUCAAAGGUGAAGUGUUCCAAAAGGUUAAAACAUGGGAGAUAAACACGAAGGUUGAAGUUGAGCCAUCAUCCCGAGCCCAUGCUCAGCUACUAGCAAGACAAGAAUGCUCUGUCGUGGAGUUUGAGAUUCGAACCACUCUAGCACACCGUAAAGGAGUGCUCCCUAUCACCUUCUCAGGCGACGAACAUUGCGGGCUCCUAUUUUUUGUGAACAUUGAGAACUUACAUGAGGCUUUUAGACUUGUUGGAGAUGGUGGAGUUCUAACAGAAGAAGAAAUGGCCUGUGUGGAGUUUGUGGAGGAGAAGUGGCUGGACGAAGAUGGCGUGGAGCACUCGACCACCCACCCCCAGAUCAUCACCCGGGGCACCUGUGUCUACCUCGGCUGGACUGACCAGAAAGUGGACAUCAAGACCAGUCCAUUGUCAAUGGACGAGUCCACUUCUGAUGGGGACAGCAGCAUCAUGUCCGUCAGUCACACGGAAGAUGACUCAAGCGUCAACUCAUUUGUUGUCGUCGAUUAACUCGACCUGCGUCUGCUGAUGGUAUCGAUACCAAAUAUCCUCUAACCCCAACAAUGUUUGUUACGAUACACACACAACAUUUGUAUUAGUCUUAAACCAAACGCUAAGCAGCCAUUCACGUCACUUUACAAGUAUAAUCCAACCACUUUAAACGAUUAAAACAAUUUUUUUUUCUGAAAUCAUUAUUUAACCAAGUCUUCAAUGUUUUAGGAUUUUAAUAAUUUCAAACUAACAUGAGUGAAAACAAGCAUUUCAAGAUCUGCAUUUAAUUAUUUUUUAAUUAAUUUAGUUCCUUUAAUAUUUAAAUUAGCUUAGCUGUUAAAUGAGGUAAAAGCGUAUGUUGGUACUGGCAUAUUAAUAUUCAACACAUAGGAACCAGCAAUUGUUGCAACGUUCUAUUAAGUAAUGGCAUGGAGAAAAUAUUGAGACAAUUUUUAAAAAUUCUAUCUUCAUAGUGUGAAUAGAUGGAAAUCAUUUCAUUUGUAGCUAAUUAUGCUGAUAAGGUUCAUAUUUAUCACAAAAUAUUUAGAAAAAAAUAUUAAAAAGGGCAAUUUUAUAAAAUUAAGCAUGAUUUUUUAUCAAAUUGCAUCAAUAUUUUUAAUACAUAGAUUUAUAAAAUGAAUAAAAAUUCGUUAU